UUGUGUGAGAAGAUACUCUGAAGAAUGAGGAUCCUGAUGUCUCUGUUGCUGCUGGUGCUGUUCUGCUCUAUUCAGCUGACUUCAAGUGCUCCUCAUGCACUUGAAACAGAAUCAUCAUGCUGUUUCCAAUUCUAUAAUAAGAUAAUUCCUUUGAAACGGGUGGUGUCUUUUUACCGGACCGGAAGCAACUGUCCCAGACCAGCUAUUGUGUUUCGAACAGCUGCUGGAAGGGAGUUCUGUUUAGAUCCAUACAACAGCUGGGUGAACAGCCAUAUUGCGGAAGUGAACAGCAGAACAACAGCAGCUACAUCAAAGACUCUAAGCACUACAGUAUAA